UGCGUGCUGCAGUAAUAACACGACACGCAGCGCCUAUUCCUCCGGAGAGAGGAACACUCUCGUCCAGCACAACACAGAAAGAAGGGCGAGGAAGCUGGAGGAGAGGAUCCUUGAGAACCUCAGAGGAAGCUUGAAGAUCGACGUAGCUGGGAAACAGCAGAGACCUCAGGAGCAGUCUUUAAGCGUCAGACCCUAGUGGUCUUCCGGUUGUUCUGCCCACGAGCAGGUGACGCGCACAGGCCCCUCCCCUCCCCUGGCCUGCCCCCGCCCACGAGCCGUCAGCUGCUCGCGCUGCGGUCAGGUGACGCCGAGCCCUGUCAUAUGACCCCGCGCCUCUGGCUGGGGGCUGCAGUUUGAAGAUGGCAGCUGGCGCUGCGAGUGUCCUUCUGCUCCUGCUGCUGGUCACCGGGACUCGGGGCUUCCCUGCCCGCUCGCCGAGACACGACCCUCCGGGCUGCGGCUACCAGUCCUGCCCUGCUACCCGGCCCUCCAUGCUGAACGUGCACCUGGUGCCCCACACGCACGACGACGUGGGCUGGCUCAAGACUGUGGACCAGUACUACUACGGAGCGCGGAAUGACAUCCAGCACGCCGGCGUGCAGUACAUCCUGGACUCGGUGAUCGAGCAGCUGCUCGCCGACCCCCGGCGCCGCUUCAUCUACGUGGAGACGGCCUUCUUCUACCGCUGGUGGAGACAGCAGGGCGCCCAGAUGCGCGCCACGGUGACGCAGCUCGUGCAGCAGGGCCGACUGGAGUUCGUCAACGGCGGCUGGUGCAUGAACGACGAGGCCUCGACACACUACAGUGCCAUCAUUGACCAGAUGACCCUGGGCCUGCGCUUCCUGAACGACACCUUCGGCCCGUGCGGGCGCCCGCGUGUAGCCUGGCACAUCGACCCCUUCGGGCACUCCCGGGAGCAGGCCUCGCUGUUCGCGCAGAUGGGGUUUGACGGGUUUUUCUUCGGCCGGCUGGACUACCAGGACAAGCGCAGGCGGAUGAAGGACAAGGAGAUGGAGCUGCUGUGGAGGGCGAGCGAGAGCCUGCAGCCACCUGGCGCCGACCUCUUCACAGGUGUGCUGCCCAAUGGCUAUAACCCACCCGCUGGGUUCUGCUGGGACCAGUCCUGUUCUGACCCGCCUAUCCAGGAUGACCCGCAGCUGGAAGACUACAACGCGGACAUAGUGGUGAAGAACUUCCUGGAUGUGGCUCACAACCAGGCUGAGAUGUACAAGACCAAUCACAUCAUCAUGACGAUGGGCUCGGACUUCCAGUACGAGAACGCCAACCUCUGGUACAAGAACCUGGACAAGCUGAUCCGCUACGUCAAUGUGCAGCAGUCCGUGGGCAGCAACGUCAACGUCCUCUACUCCACCCCCUCCUGCUACCUGCAGGAGCUGCACCGGGCCAACCUCAGCUGGUCGGUGAAGAGGGACGACUUCUUCCCCUACGCCGACGGGGCGUACAACUUCUGGACGGGGUACUUCACCAGCCGGCCGGCCCUCAAGCGCUACGAGCGGCUGAGCAACAACGUCCUGCAGGCCUGCAAUCAGCUGGAGGUCCUGGGGGGUCCGUCGUCACGCAAGGGUCCUUACGGCGACGGCGACAGCGACGCGCUCAGGGAGGCGAUGGCUGUGGCCCAGCACCACGACGCUGUGUCGGGGACGGAGAAGCAGCAUGUCGCCAACGACUACGCCCGCAGACUGGCCAUGGGCUGGGCUCGCUGCCAGGUGCUGGUCAGUAACUCUCUCUCCGCCCUGAGUCGGUCAGUCACCCCUCGUUUCUACUGCGAGAAUCUCAACAUCAGCGUGUGUCCUGCCUCCGAGAACAACUCGCAGUUCUCCGUCACCAUCUACAAUCCCCUGGCUCGCUCUGUCAGCUGGACAGUGCGGCUCCCGGUCAACGGCACCGGGUACAGAGUCACUGACCCCAGGGGCCAGGCUGUGGACACGCAGGUGAGAGUGUGUGUCCAGGGCUUCUACUGGUCUGUCUGUCUUACCUGCCUGCCUGUCUGUCUGUCUGGAGCUCAACCAGGGCUUCUACUGGUCUGCCUGCCUGCCUGCCAUUCUGCCUCUCUGGAGUUCAGCCAGGGCUUCUACUGGUACAAUGCGAGCUCUGGGAAUGAAGACAGCCCCCAGACCUCAGGUGCCUACAUAUUCAGACCCAACUCCUCCACACCUUUCGCCCUCUGCCACAGGGCACGGGCACGCACUCUGCAGACCCCCCUGCUGACGGAGGUGUACCAGGAGUUCAGCCCCUGGGUGUCCCAGGUGGUGCGGCUGUCCCGAGGGCAGAGGCAGCUGGAGCUGGAGUGGACUGUGGGGCCCAUCCCUGUGGAGGACGGCCUGGGGAAAGAGGUGAUCACGCGAUUCGACUCCCCCAUGAACACCUCCGGGCUCUUCUACACCGACUCCAAUGGCCGGGAGAUCCUGGAGCGCAGGAGGGAUUUCCGCCCCACCUGGGACCUGAAACAGACUGAGCCAGUUGCUGGAAACUACUACCCUGUCAACACCCGCAUCUACAUGAAGGACAAGCAGUCCCAGCUGACCGUGCUGACUGAUCGAUCCCUAGGGGGCAGCAGUAUCCGGGACGGGUCUCUGGAGCUCAUGCUGCACAGGCGCUUGCUGUACGACGAUUUCCGGGGUGUGGGGGAGCCCCUCUCGGAGCCGGGCGAUUAUUACGACGGACUGGUGGUGAGAGGGAAGCUGCUGGUGUCGCUGACCCCCCCUGGGACUGCGGCCGACACCCACCGCCCCGAGGCAGAGAGACAGGCCCUGCAGCCCCUGCUAUCACUGCAGCCCGGGGAGAGCGAGACAGGCACCCUGCUUGAGUUCUCAGGGCUUCAAGCUGAGCUGCCCCCUGCUGUCCACCUGCUGACAGUGUCCCAGUGGGACAGCGACUCGGUACUGGUCAGGCUGGAGCACCAGUUUGAGAAGGGAGACAGCCAGACCCACUCCCAGCCCGUCACUGUGGACCUGCAGAAACUCUUCUCCACGCUGGAGGUGGUGGGCGUGUCCGAGAUGAGCCUGGCAGCCAAUCAGUGGAAAGAGGAUAUGAGGCGUCUGGACUGGCGGGGUGAUGCAGAGUGGGAGCCCCUGCAUGGCAGGCCUGGAGACCCCUCAGCGGCAGUGGUCAGGCUUCAGCCAAUGGAGAUCCGGACCUUCCUGCUGAGAGUGAGACUGCGAUAGCCAAUUGCUGGAGAUCAAUAACCACUAAUCAAUCUGUGAAGACAAAUCCCUCCUUGUUCACUCCAGUUCUGUCUCUCCUUAGCUGAGAGCUCCUGCACUGUGUACGAGGGGUGAUUUUUAUUGUCUGUCUCUUAGACCAAUGUGCCUUUUUUAUAUUACAAAUCCAGAGAGAAAUCUCACAACUGUUGUUGUUGCUGUAAAACAUGCUGGGAAUAAGAUUGCUCUGAGCAAACAAAAUAAAAAUUCUGUUUCAUUUAGA